AUGUUUAGACAUGUUGCAAAAUGUUCUACUGCUGCUGAAAUCUGGAAUAUACUUGAAAUGCAUUUUCAAUAUGAGUCUAAAGCUCGAGCUCUACACUUCCGUAAUCUGUUACAAAGUACAAGAAAAGAGUCAAUAAGUAUAUUUGAUUAUGUUCUAAAGAUGAAAGAGUAUGGUGAUAGUUUAACAGCUAGUGGACGUUAUAUUGGUGAUGAGGAGCUACUAUUAUACAUUUUAGAUGGCCUAGGACCAAAAUAUGAUGCUGUAGUGGCCACUCUAACCUCUCGGAGCAGUAGUACCAAUCUACAGGAAGCACAAUAUUAUCUACACAAACAUGAAAUGAGAUUAGAGCGUCAGCAUGUUCCUGCUGCUUUUGUAGCUACUGUUCAGAAUUCAGUAGGAUCAAGCAAUGUCUCUGGUUGUAAUUUCAGGCUGGGAGUACCAGUGGAGUAA